AUGACUUUAAGGGGACAGAUCACAGAAGAUGAGAAUCAAGAUAGAAUGAAAAGGGCUCAGGAAAGUGGGCCAUCCACCAGCAAUUUUGCUAUGAUUUCUCCCAGUGCCAGAACAAUGAAGCCUUUUGAUAUCAACAACAUAAAUGUGGUGGAUUUGACUGGUGACUCUGAUGAGGAGGACACCAUGAAUGCAGAUAUGUUGCUGGAUAUGUUUGGAGUGUCUGGGCCUGAAAUUACAGCCACUUCCACACUAGAUAUGAUAGAAGAGUCACAGACCCUAAAUCAAGCCUGGAUAUGUUAUUCUGACCUUGACCUUUGUGGAUAA